UGACACAGGCUGGGAGGCACGCUGCCAGUGUUUGUACACACAGCCCUCUCACCACACGGACUGGGAUAUAAAUCUCACAUCAUCGCGCAGGAUUGCGCACAAUCGCACCUCACGAGCACUGGCGACUACUUCCCCCAUCAGCCAGUGAAGGUGGAGGAGAGGAAUACUGAUAGAAGAAGCAGCUGCACGCUCUCCUCGUCGUACAGGGGCUUCCUUGGAGGGAUCUAUAGCUUUCUAGUGACCCAGAAACAUGAUCUUUAAGGAGGUCACAAGCCUCCUACUGAGUGUCAGCUUAUGGGUACCACUCCUGGUGAAAGGGGAUGUGUGUGAACCCAACCCAUGUGAAAAUGGGGGAAUCUGUCUGUCUGGUUUAUCUGAGGAAACCUACACAUGUGAAUGCCCAAUUGGCUACAACGAUCCCAACUGUUCUAGUAUUGUGGAGGUUGAUCCUUGCCAUCCAAACCCCUGCCAUAAUGGAGGAUUUUGUGAAAUAAGUGCAGCAUAUCGAGGUGAUACAUUUAUUGGAUACUUUUGCAAAUGUCGUCAUGGCUUUAAUGGAAUCCACUGCCAGCAUAAUGUAAACGAAUGUGAAAGGGAUCCAUGUCGGAAUGGUGGAAUUUGCACAGAUCUUGUGGCUAACUACUCUUGUGAAUGCCCCGGUGAAUACAUGGGAAGGAACUGCCAGUACAGAUGCUCUGGACCUCUUGGAAUGGAAGGAGGGAUCAUCUCCAACCAACAAAUAACAGCAUCCUCAACUCACAGGGCUCUUUUUGGAUUACAAAAGUGGUACCCGUAUUUUGCAAGACUUAAUAAAAAGGGUCUUGUAAAUGCUUGGACUUCAGCAGAAAAUGACCGGUGGCCUUGGAUUCAGAUCAAUUUACAAAGGAAAAUGAGAGUCACUGGCGUUAUUACUCAAGGAGCAAAAAGAAUAGGAAGCCCAGAAUACAUAAAAGCAUACAAGAUUGCAUACAGUGAUGAUGGAAAAUCAUGGUCAACAUAUAAAAUAAGAAGAACCAGUGAAGACAUGGUAUUUCGAGGAAAUGUUGACAACAACACACCAUAUGCUAAUUCUUUCACGCCACCCAUUGAAGCCCAGUACAUUCGCCUGUAUCCGCAAGUUUGCAGACACCAUUGUACUCUGAGGAUGGAACUUCUUGGAUGUGAGCUAUCAGGCUGCUCAGAACCACUAGGAAUGAAAUCAGGACAUAUACAAGAUUACCAAAUCACAGCCUCCAGCGUUUUCAGAACAUUGAACAUGGACAUGUUCACUUGGGAGUCCAGAAAAGCUCGGCUAGAUAAACAAGGCAAAGUGAAUGCUUGGACUUCUGGAAGAAGUGAUCAGUCACAGUGGUUACAGGUGGAUCUCCUUCGCCCUACAAAGGUCACUGGAAUUAUUACGCAAGGAGCUAAAGACUUUGGCCAUGUGCAGUUUGUAGGCUCUUACAAGCUUGCUUUCAGUAUUAAUGGUGAACACUGGACAGUGUAUCAAGAUGAAAAGCAAAGAAAAGACAAGGUUUUUCAGGGAAAUUUUGACAAUGACACACACAGAAAGAACGUUAUUGAUCCACCGAUCUAUGCAAGAUUUUUAAGGAUCCUACCCUGGUCGUGGUAUGGCCGAAUCACAUUAAGAGCUGAGCUACUAGGUUGCACUGAAGAGAACUGACCACUUUCAUCAUCUGACGAUUAAAUAUAAAAAAAAAAAUCAUCAUUUGAAUAUUUUAAAAACUGUGCAAAACCUGAAAGAAAAAAAAUGAAUGGAUUUUCAUUUGAACAAGUGCUCACUUUUUGGUAGGCUGGUAACUGUUUUUGCAAGGUAGUCUGUGCCUGCCCUUAAAAUGAUCCCACCAGUAAAUGUCCUUUAAAUACUGUCCCUUUGUAUUGAAAUGAUUUAAUUUUCUUCUACGUUGUUCACACUGGUUGAAAUACAUUAAGGAGAGAGGCAGCAUCAUUUUAUUUUAUUUUUUUCCUUUGACAUGUCUAUAUUUUUAUGAGGUAAACAAAUGCAAUUAUAGAGAUUUUUUGCUUAAGCUAAAGAAAUUACUAACUGAUUUAUUAUUAUUAUUUUUUUUUAUAUCUACUUUACACCUUUAAACCCGAUGCUGCAGAGUAGCAAUAAGAUGUCUCUGGGAUGACUGCAUUAUCCUCAAUGCUUCCCUUGUGCCUAUCAAAAUAUUAAUAUUUACAUCGCAGAUUUUGGAAAUCCAUUUUAUUUACACCUGUGAAAUUACAAACUUUCAAUAUUGUAUUUUCCUCUUAAUUUCACUCCAAUUGUGCAUGUUCUUGAGGCAUGUUAUUACUUGUGUUCGAAACAUUUUCUUCCUCAAUGACCUGAACGCUAAAUGUUUGCAAAGACUCAGAUUUCUUUUCUGCAUGUCAUAAACUUAACAAUACAUCAAUAUCUCAAUCCCUUUUAGUUCAUUACAUAGAAUGCACUAACGUCCAGGAUGAUUAUACUAGCAAAUCUCUUCUGAAUAAGCCCAAGGCAUUAUAUUUCUUAGCAAAUUAUUUUCUUAUGCAUAAGAACAGUACUAAAAAGUUUGACUUAGUAAGCAGAAUUGCUUAUGCAUACAGUAUUAAUAUACAUAGAUAUAUUUAGUUUACUCGGAAUUAUUUUAGGUGCAUACAGUAGCAUGGAGGGAGAUGAUAAAACUGAUAGGCUUGUACACAUAAUACAUUUCAUAUGUCAAUAGGCGUGUCUUCUAGGUUUCAAUUUGUUAAACAUAGUCUUUAUACAUAAGAAAAAAUAGAAAUCAAAUGUAAUGUAUUAAUGACAUAGAACCCAUUUUUUUCCUAAUUGUGGACCUACAUAUUCUAUGUGUUCGUGUUGGUAACACCAGUUGAUACAGACUGUGAUAAUGUGGUGGUAUCUGCUCAACUUGUUCUGGUAACUUGAAUUAUUACAUAGUUGCAUAGUCAAUAUGGCUGAAAAAAGACAUAAGUCGAUCAAGUUCAACCAGGAGAAAGGUGGGAACGCAAAUCCCAUCCCUAUUGAACUACUUAGGUUGUGUCUAUACACUCCCAUAUUAUGUAAUUUAAUAUAAAUCAGUUCAGAUCUAAAAUUGACAUUCAAUUUACAAUAUAAUCCCUAAAUCGCAUUACUGUGACCGUACUGGGGUGUAGAAAUAGGGGAAUGCAAAGGUAGAAGUCACACCAGGGCCUUGGUAUCUGAUGGAGCCAAAAAGUCCAUGUACUGUGUGAGAAGAUACCACUGUUAUAUUAUAUGGUACAUGAUAAGUGGGGGCUCUUCUAAAGAUUGGAUUGGGCCCCAUGGCCCAAGGAAGCUAUGACUUUCAAUGUAGCAACUCUGAGUCAUCAAGUGGACAUAGCAAAGGAAGAGAGAUCCUGAAGAAGACUUGCCCAAUAAAAAACUGUGUGUAAGUAAUACUACUAAUAAUAGUAAUAAAAGGAUAAGAAUAAUAAAUAUUAAAAACAUAAUUCUGACAUAGAAGGUUAGAAUAUCUAUUGAGUGCAGACUGAGGAAUAAAGAGGUUUUAUUAUUUCUGAACUGAUCCCCUAAAUGUAUUCAAUAAAUAUGAAAACAAGGUCAUGUGAUCCAUAUUUUUAACAUAUUUGUUUUAUUUGUCCUUCAUAUCUAUUGCCACUAGAUGUCAACGUCCUGUCUGUCUGUAUAAUGUCCUUCAAAAAUGUAUAUUGUGUAUGAUGUUGUAUUCAACCUUGGUGAACAAUA